AGACAACCAAAACCCUACUUAUAACCACACCAACACCGCCCAUUUCCACCGCUACUCUCCCCCAUCUGCUCUUCCGUUCGAUUCAGAUUUCUUCUUUUCAUUCUCCAUCGGAAAACAUGUCGGACGAAGAGCAUCAGUUUGAAUCCAAGGCCGAUGCCGGAGCUUCCAAGACUUAUCCUCAGCAAGCUGGUACCAUCCGCAAGGGCGGCCACAUUGUUAUCAAGAAUCAUGCUUGCAAAGUUGUAGAAGUUUCUACCUCCAAGACCGGCAAGCACGGUCAUGCUAAGUGUCAUUUUGUUGCAAUUGACAUCUUCAAUGGGAAAAAGCUUGAAGACAUUGUCCCGUCUUCCCAUAACUGUGAUGUUCCUCAUGUUAGCCGUGCUGACUACCAGCUCAUUGAUAUUUCUGAAGAUGGAUUUGUAUGCUUGCUGAUUGAAAAUGGUAACAACAAGGAUGACCUGAAACUACCAACUGAUGAUGCUCUCCUCACCCAGAUUAAGGAUGGAUUUGCGGAGGGGAAAGAUCUGGUUGUGAGUGUGAUGUCCGCCAUGGGAGAGGAGCAGAUCUGCGCUCUCAAGGACAUCGGUCCAAAAUAGUUAUCUGAUAUUUAUUAUGUUAAAGAAAAUGGUUUGUGAUAUCAGCAGAAUUUUUUCUGUUGUAAAACUAGCAUUUUAUUUUCUGCACUAGUAUGACUAGUCCAAUUCAUUUGGGCUACGAACAAGUGUAUAUCACUGGUUUUUUUUCUGCUUUGAAUUACUAGUAUCUCGUUUACUUC